CGAGAAAAUAAUUUGAAAUUUUGGCAAUUAUAAAAUCACUGAAAUCACAAUUUAUAUUAAACUAUUGUUGGCAAAAAUAACAUUUAGCAAAUAUGUAAUAAUUCUGAAUUUUAUUAUGCCAAGUUAAAUGUCUUUCGGAUUUCAUUUUACUUUUCUGUCUUUUAAAUAGUUGUAAGUAUUAUUUUGAUGUUUGAGAAAAUAAUUUGAAAUUUUAACAAUUAUAAAAUCACUGAAAUCACAAUUUAUAUUAACUAUUGUUGGCAAAAAUAAUAUUUAGCAAAUAUGUAAUAAUUCUGAAUUUUAUUAUGCCAAGUUAAAUGUCUUUCGGAUUUCAUUUUACUUUUCUGUCUUUUAAAUAGCUGUUUCAAUAUAUUUUCAGAGUUCUAGUGAUAAAACAAUCAUAUAACGUCACUAAUAAUUUACCAGAGUCACAAGAUUAUUAAAUAUAAAAUCUUAAGAUUAUACAAGAGUCUGGCAUGCUAAUAGAAAAAUGUUUUUUAAAAGAAAAAGGCAGAUAAAACACAUGAUUUACCGAAAUUAUAUCAAUAAAUUAUUAAUUUCUUAUCCUAUUGAACAAUGGUUAAAAAUACAUAUCCCCAAAUUUGAUCUCCUCCUUCAGUUCUUGGUGAAAAAAAAAAGAAAGAACAGAAACAAUCUCAUUUCAUCUUCUUCUUUUCUCUUCCCUAGGGUUAUGAUCAAAUCCAUCUGACAAAAAGUAUAAAAAAAUAUUACAUUAUUUAAUCAAAGAAUCCAAAGAUGUUCAACAAAAUCAAGAAACUAAGCCAGAAAAAAUUCAACAAAUCAGAUCAACACAACCAAGACAACACCUCCACCAACACAAACGUCGUCCGCAGCAGCCGCACCACGCCCACCACCGCAUCUCCUUUACCAAAUGGCGAAUCCCAAACACCAGCUCCAUCACCUUCACAGACACCGAACCACCCAAUGUUCACAUCAACACCAACCCUAGAAGUCCUCCCAUUACUAAAAGACGUGUCCUCAUCAGAUCGUCCCCUCCUCUUCAUUAAAAAGGCUCACAUGUGUUCUUGCCAAUGCGAUUUCUCCGACACGUUGAUCAUGCCACGUGAGAAAGAGAUCAAAAGACAGACACUCCUCGAACUCGUCGAUUUUCUCCACUCCUCCUCAGGUAAAGUCAACGAGACCAUGCAGAGCGAGCUUAUACGUAUGGUCUCCGCCAACAUUUUCAGAUCUCUCCCACCUGCCCAUUACGAGAACACAGGAGCUCCUCCUGAAGGGAACGAUCCCGAAGAGGAGGAGCCUUAUCUCGAGCCCUGGUGGCCUCAUCUGCAGCUUGUUUACGAGCUUCUCUUGCGUUACGUAGUCUCUUCUGAGAUAGAGCCCAAGACUGCUAAAAAAUUCAUCAACCACACGUUUGUAUCAAGACUACUCGAUCUGUUCGACUCUGAGGAUCCUAGAGAGAGAGAAUAUCUGAAAACAGUUCUUCACAGGAUCUACGGGAAGUUUAUAUUUCACCGACCGUUUAUAAGAUGCUCAGUUUACAACAUCUUCUACAAGUUCUUGUAUGAGACUGAGAGGUGUAUUGGGAUAGGAGAGUUGUUGGAGAUUCUUGGGAGUGUGAUCAAUGGGUUUACAGUACCAAUGAGAGAGGAGCAUAGGUUGUAUCUUGUGAAAGCCAUUAUGCCGUUACACAAGUCUAAAAGCAUCUCUGUUUACCACCAGCAGUUGUCGUAUUGUGUGGUGCAGUUUGUGGAGAAAGAUUAUAAAUUGGCUGAUACUGUGAUACGUGGGUUGUUGAAGUACUGGCCGCUUACGAAUUGUAAUAAGGAGGUUCUGUUCUUGGGAGAGCUUGAAGAGGUUUUGGAUGUUACAGAGCCUUCAGAGUUUCAGCACUGUGUUGUUCCUUUGUUUACACAGAUUGGAAAAUGUCUUAAUAGCGCACACUUCCAGGUGGCAGAGAGGGCUCUUUUCUUGUGGAACAAUGAACAUAUCGUAGGUUUGAUUGCUGAGAACAAGGAUGUGAUUUUUCCUAUAAUAUUUGAAGCAUUGGAGAAGAACAUGAAAGGACAUUGGAACCAGGCGGUGCAUGGUCUCUCUGAGAAUGUUAGAAGAAUGUUUAUGGAGAUGGACAAUGACCUCUUUGAAGAGUGUGAGAAACAGUAUCAGGAGAAUGAAGCUAAGACUUGGGAGUUGUUGGAACAAAGAGAGAUGACAUGGAAGAGACUUGAGGAAGCUGCUUCCCUAGUUGCAAACUAAAAGCAUAUUUUGAUGAUGGCUUUUUAGCAUUAUCUUCUUUCUUUUACAAAAGUAAUGUUUUCUAGAAAUUCUAAUAAUUUAUUUGUUUUGUUCUUUUUCAUUUCUUUGGAUCUCUUGUAAGUGGCGACCGGGAAUAUGAAUUCAGAUGUCUCCAACCAGAUCAUGUCACAGACGUUAAGUUUAGUGCUGUUAAUUGCAGCUUCCACA